GUGAGCGGAGGAUAUAUUGAAAUUAAUUAAUGAACUUAAUUUGUAACCAUUUACAACUUUUUUACAACAGGUUUUGGCAAUAUUUUCUGGUUCUGAAGUGGUGUGUUUAAAUUUGGGGAAGUAGCUACAAUGGAUUUUAAAGUAAUUCUUAAUGUCAAUUGAAAUUUUCACUCCUUAGCAUGCAGUGAAAAUAUCAAAACCGCGCAUGUUUUCCUUUGAAUCUUCUGCGAAGGGAAGUAACCGUUGUGCUGACAUGUGCACUCAAAUUUCUGUUGUCUGCUCCCAUCAAAAUAGACGUGGAAUAACAAAUGAAAGCUUUAGAGAUAUUUUAGCAAAGAGAAAUGUUAACAUUUGCAAAAAUAUGCAUGGUUUCACUUGUAGCAGUUUUGGCAAGAUGGUGUGUAUCUUUGGGCGACUAUUCAGGUGCAGGAAAGCCCCCAAUGUUUGGAGAUUAUGAGGCUCAGAGACACUGGCAGGAGGUUGCUGUUAAUCUCCCAGUACAAGAAUGGUACAAGAACUCUUCACGGAAUGACCUGAUGUACUGGGGUCUGGAUUACCCCCCUUUAACUGCGUACCACAGCUACUUAUGUGGGCUUGUAGCCAAGUACCUCAAGCCGGAUUGGGUGGCCUUGAACAUUUCACGUGGCUAUGAGAGUUAUGAACACAAGCUCUUUAUGAGAUAUUCUGUGCUGUUGGUGGAUGUUUUCAUCUUCUUUCCUGCUGUUUAUUGGACGUUUGCAGCACGGAAACCUCAUCUCACAGACCAGGAUGCCUCAGUAAAGUCCUACCUGUUGAUGCUUCUGUACCCAGGGCUGAUACUGAUUGACUAUGGGCAUUUUCAAUACAACUGUGUGAGCCUAGGGUUAGCCCUGCUGGCAGUGACUAGCCUGGCAACGAACCAUGAUGUCCUGGGAUCAGUGUUGUUUUGUCUGGCCCUCAACUACAAACAGAUGGAGCUCUACCACGCCAUGCCUUUCUUCUGUUUCCUGCUGGGAACAUGCUUAAGAGACAUUCGCAGAGGAGGCUUCUGGCGACUUGUACAGAUAGGUUUGGCAGUGUUGGCCACGUUCGCUACCUGCUGGGCACCAUUUCUCCUGGACCUUGACACAGCCAAACAGGUUCUUAACAGGCUCUUCCCUUUUGCUAGGGGAGUGUUUGAGGACAAAGUGGCCAAUGUGUGGUGCUCCUUGUCUGUGCUUAUCAAGUGGAAACAGAUGAUGACCCUGGAACAGAUACUCAAAAUGUGCCUUUGUGUGACAGGAGCGUGCCUUCUCCCCUCGUCUGUAGAUCUCCUGUGUAGACCUUCAUUCACCAAGUUCAGAUAUGCACUGGUGAAUUCAUCUCUGGUGUUCUUCCUGUUUUCAUUCCAAGUUCAUGAAAAGAGCAUUCUUAUUCCAGCAUUAAUAGUGUGUACAUUGAUACCUGAUUGUCCAUUUUGGUGCUUCUGGUUUUUGCAAGUGUCCACAUUCAGCAUGCUACCUCUGCUGGUUAAGGAUGGUCAGCUGGUACCGUACAUAGCCUUCAUGCUCCUCUAUCCCCUCCUGUUCAACGCCUUCAAUCCCAUCCGCCCAGACACAGCCCCACCCACAGACACACAAGUCUGGGUCAACAUAUUUGUAAAGCUGGCUUUCUGUAUCUCAUGCGUGGGCCAGGUAUUCCUGAGUCUCGCCCUGGUGAUAUUCCCUCCUCCGGCCGGUCUCCCGGACCUGUUCCCGCUCGUGAUCUCCGUGUUCUCGUGCGCUCACUUCCUGCUGUUUGCUGCAUACUUUCACUACUGUCAGUUUACAGCAGGAAUCAGUGUACACCAUUCACAUAAGACAAAGGCAGCCAAUGGGAAAAAUAGCAAGACUGUUAGUAAAGCUAUGAAUAAAGCUACAGUGGAAAACACUACUAAACAUAAGAGUAUGGCCAAUAAACUUAAGUUACGGAAAAAGAAGCAUGAUUAAUGCUUGGACAUUCCUUCAUUGUCCCUGGUUAUGUACAUUUUAUGUAAGUGCUCAGGCUUUAAGCCAAAGAGUUAUGGCAGGAUGCUGCACCCUGUCCUUUUUGGUAGUACCCUUCUGUCCUCAUUGAGACCAGCAUGUGCACCCUUGUGCUUUCUUAGCAUGAAAUGCUUAAAAUAAUGAAAUAUUUCUUUGGUUUUGAUUUAAACUUAAAAGAAAAAGUAUACAUUUGUACAAACUUGAUGUAUAUGGUAAUUUGAAACUUAUAUUAUUAACACAUUUUUUUAUAUAUGAAAAUCAUAAUGUUUAAAUUCUUUACCGUCAGACAGAAUGUGCCCUUUUUUCCUGUAGCACCCACUCUCUCUUUUCUACAGCACCCUGUCCUCAUUACAAGGUGGCAAAGACCCUACGUGCUGAUACACAUGGUGUUAUAGGAAGGCAUUAAAACUUAUGACCUUAAGUCCUUUGAUAUAGAUUGGUAGUGAAGCAAUGGUAUGAUUGUUAUUGUAUCAUACGUCUACAUAGUAUAUAAUGUAUAGACUAAACGGCAUUGUGUACAUUUUCCUUUGGUGCAUAGCAGGGAAUACAAUUAUCAAUAUAUCAGAUAUUGGCCAAUUGUUCAGAACUUUGUUAAAGUUAACAACGUUGUUAAAGGCAUCUUUGUUAACUUCAAAAUGUGAACUGUUUUAGGAUUUGGUCAUAUAUUUGCUGCUAAUUUGCAUAAAACAAGUACAGCUGAAAUAGUUGUCUCAAACUCAAAAAUACUGCAGAUCACAUGUAUAUCCAUCCAACAUGCAGUGCAGAAACAAUUUUAAAGUUAACAAUGAUGACGUUAACAACGUCUGUUAAAAAAGUUCUGAACGGCCCAUUGUUUAUGUGAUGCUUGUAUUAUUGUGUACGUAUUAAAGUGAAUUGUUUUAUAUUAUUUCAUGUUUAUUUGUACAAAACAUUUUACUAAAUCAUUCAUGGUUGAAAUAAUGCAAUAUAUAUUGUUAACAUUUGAAGGUUAAAACAGCAAAGUUAUGCAUUACUAUUUCCUUUUGGAAUUAAAAGUUGUAUUUUAUUCUUUUAAAUUGAGUAUAUAUGUUAGUGAAAUUUAACAUAUACCAGAUCAUAAAGUUGAACCAAUA